GAACCCGUUGGCGGGAACUGUAAUAGAUGAGAAUUCUAACUUCUAGUUUUUGUUUUGAAAAAUUAGCUAGUGUGUUAUCUUAAUUAAAAUUGAAGGUUUCAAUGUGUCUUCCUAUAUUUUGAUGAGCGAGUUUAUAACUUUGCAAGUGGGGCAGUGCGGGAACCAGAUCGGGGCCGCCUUCUGGCCGCUGGCGCUGCGCGAGCACGGGUUCCAGCGCCAGGCGCAGCGGCGCGGCACGGCGAGCGAGAUGCAGGACGCUUUGCACAGCUUCUUCCACGUGCCGGAGCACGCCCCCGGGCGCCUGCACUCGCUGGCCGACCUCACGCAGGCCGGGGUCUCCGCCAGGGCGGUGUGCGUGGACAUGGAAGACAGCGUGGUGGCUCGCUUCUCCCGCGGGCCUCUACGCCACCUGUUCGACAGCCGGUGCCUCAUCACCAGCUACCCGGGCUCGGGGAACAACUGGGCGGAGGGCUUCCACCAGCACGGGCGUCGCCACGGGCCGCGGCUGGCCGAGGCGGUGAGGCGUGCGGCGGAGCGCUGCGACCGGCUGCACGGCUUCGUGCUGCUCUACUCCCUGAGCGGGGGCACGGGCUCCGGCCUGGGCUCCAGCCUGCUGGCGCGGCUCGCCGACCUCUACCCGCACGUCGACAGGCUGGUGACGUGUGUGUACCCGGCCGGCAGCGAGGACGUCGUCACCGCCCCGUACAACGUCGCCCUGGCGACCAGGGAGCUGCUACGUCACGCCACCUGUGUCUUCCCCGUGCACAACAAGGCCCUGGUGGAGAUGUGCGAGCAUUUGAAGACGAGCUCGGGAUGCCCGGAGACGUCCAGGUUCGUCGCGGGCUGCAAGCCUUUCCAGGACAUGAACAGCAUCAUCGUCAACAUGCUGCUGCACCUCACCAGUGGGUCACGCUUCCCCGGCUCGCUGAACGUGGACGUGAGCGAGCUGGCGACCAACAUGGUGCCCUUCCCGGGGCUGCACUUCGUGGCCAGCAGCUUCAGCCCCGUCAACCUCGGGGGCGGGGGCAAGGCGGCCGCGACCAGCGGGCCAGACCUGUGCGUCGCGGCCGUGUCCCGGCGCAACCAGCUGACGGGCACGGACCCCUGGGGCGGCGUGCUCCUGGCGGCCGCGCUGGCGGGCCGCGGCUCCGUCUCCCUGGCGGACCUGCGCGGCUACGUCGACAGACUGUGCAAGCGGCGGAGGUUCGUGCCGUGGGGUCCUGUGGUGAAGGUGGGGCUCUGCAGGGUGCCCGCCGCGGGCCAAACUGCGUCCCUCCUGGCCCUCGCCAACUCCUCCAGCACGGCGGCGCUCUUCAGCGACGCUGCGAGCCAGUUCGCCAAGCUCUACCGCAGGAAGGCUCACGCGCACCACUACCUGAAAGUGGAGGGGUUCGACGAAGAAGACUUCAAGGACAGCGAGCACUCGCUUCUGGAGUCUGCAUCGCGAUACCGCGAGAUGGAGAACGUCCAGAAAGUGACGAAGCCUCGCCUCCGGGUGCUGGCGUAGCGUCGCCUCGGGCCUCGGUGCGGAGCAAGGCAACGCCGACGUCAACUUGACGAGUGAAGAUUUCUGCGCGUAGCACUCUCGAGAGUGCAUCGUAAUGAACCGCACGUGCUUUCUUGGAAAAGUACGUGCAGUAAGUUCGCAUUCUGAAAUCUUUCCACAAAACAUUUAAGACUGAAAAGGAGAACCAGAUAUCUUUUUGUAAAAAGGGUACCAUAAUAGUUCCUACUUGUCAUUAAAGAGAGAGACUGAAAUCUAAUUUUGCAUCUCAGUAUAUGUUUUUAUCCGUACUUUUCAUCAUAAUGAAUCAAAAACUAGAAUUGAAGGAAAGAAAGAAAUAAAUGUAAUUCUCACAAAUCCCUAUCUCCCCCGUCCCCUUCACCACCCCUAGAUAUUAAAGUUUUUGUUUAUUAAGUUUAUAUGUAUUUAGUAAACUACCAGAACUAAGCUGCAUACACGAAGAUAUUUUAUCUGAACGAUUGUAUUUUAUUUUGAAAAUAAAAUUUGU